AGCUCCAAUUCCUCUCCCUCAUCCCCGAUCCCUCCUCCUCCUCCUCCAUCGUCUCUCUCUCUCUCGGUGUUCAGAUGGGUAAUGCCAACGGCAAAGAAGACGACGCCGGCGGCGGCGGCGGCGUCGAAGGUGGCGGGGGAGAUAGCAUGUUGUCCUCGGCUAGAUCCAACGGCGGCGAUCCCGGCGGCCGGAGCAAUCCUCGCCGUCCCUCCUCUGACUCCAUGAGCAGUUCUCCUCCUGCAAGCCCCAUUCGCUCCCAGUCUCCUUUCCUAUUCGCUCCUCAGGCACCCGUGGCUCCAUUGCAAGUGUCCAAUGCCCCUCCGGUUCCUAGUCAUAUCCGGUUGAACCAAUAUCAAGGAAAUGUUGAUAAUCCCUUGGAACCAGGAAUCCCUACCAUCAUUACGUGGAAUCUGGGGGGUAAUGACGUGGCAGUUGAGGGAUCAUGGGACAAUUGGACAUCGAGGAAGAAACUGCAGAGAUCUGGCAAAGACUAUUCGAUACUCUUAGUACUUCAAUCUGGUAUAUACCAUUACAAGUUCAUCGUGGAUGGAGAACGGAAAUACAUCCCGGAUUUACCCUUAGUAUCCGAUGAAAUGGGCAGCGUUUGUAACAUUCUCGAUGUUCAUAACUUUGUGCCGGAAAACCCCGAAAGCAUAGCAGAGUUCGAGGCACCACCAUCCCCAGAAUACAGCUACAGCCAACAGCCCCUUAGCGGGGAAGAUUUCGCUAAAGAACCUCUAAUGGUACCUUCCCAACUCGGUCUAACCGUUCUCGGUGCCGGUGACACAGCCAUUGCAUCUUCUUCUUCUUCUUCCUCCUUGUUUCCGGCUUCUUCCUCAAAGCCUCAGCACGUGGUGCUUAACCACUUGUUUGUACAGAGAGAACGGGAAUCUCAGCCCGUUGUGGCCUUAGGGCUAACCCACAGGUUCGAGUCCAAGUACAUAACUGUCGUCCUCUACAAGCCGCUUAGACGGGGAACGUUGGCAGAAACGGGUUAAUCGGCAGCCAUUAGGCUUGGUUUCGUCGGUUUUAUGAUGGGUCGAAUCCUCACCCUUCUUCUUGUUCUUCUUCAUCUCCUUCUUCUCCUUCUUCUUCCUCUUCCUCUCUUCCUCUUUCUUUGUCCUCUUCUUUGAACUAAAGCAUUUCCAGCCGCGGCUGCAGAGAAAGGUUGACAAGAGGGAGGAAGAAACAGUGUUGGAUUCAUUUAGAGGAAUCUUUCUUGUGGGUCUGGUUUCCACUUGGGUUGAUAGGUAUGUAAAGCCAAUAGGAGCUUUGGUUAGGAUUGGAGGUGUAACAUUGGUAAAAUAAAGUUUAUAUAUAUAUAUAUAUAUAAAAGAAAUGAGAAUAAUAGGUGAAGGCAAGGCAGAGCUAGGAAAAGCAAAAUAAAAAACGACUGAUGAUUUUGGACAUUUGGAGCAAUAAAAAAAAUCUGAAAUUUUGUCCAAAUAUGCUCCAAAACUAUGGGAUUAUAAUUGGUUAAACAUAUGAUGAGAUGACCCUUUUAUACUUAAAAAAAAAAACAAAUUGAAUUAAAAGGGUUGGAUGCCCAAAAUCACCGACGUCUCAAUAAAGACGAGAAAGAAAAAGAAAAGACGGCUGAUGAUUUUGGACUUUUGGAGCAAUAAAAAAACAAAACCAAAUGUCUGAAAUUUUGUCCGAAAGAUGGCACUUGCGUUUGGUCGCAUUUUCCGAGAGUUCAAUUUUCUUUUUAUUUUGUUCGAUCUUAUCUUCUAUUUGGUCACUCGUGGCCCAAGGGCUAAGGAAAAGAGAAUUUUAUAUUGAAAAAAUGAUUUUCUUUUUCCAAUGUUCAAAGCUUGUAACCUGCGUGUAAAAAGCUCAAAGCGAUGUACAUGCAUUGUAAAAAAUUAAAUUUUGAGACAGCAAAAAAGAAGAUGCAGAAAGGAAACACCAUGGAAAGAAAGAAAGGAGAUAAGCAUACCGUAACCAAGCCAUCAAUCAUCAUCAUGAUUUUGAAAUGUUCCCAAAACCCAAAACCCUAAACGACUAUCUCAAAAUUUCACCCAAAAAAGAAAAACCCUUUCUCCUUGCAAAUUUCCAAAUAAGGGAGAGAGAGAGAUGUCAAAGAGGAUCAUACGGGAAUUGUUCACAUAAAACAAAACACAAAACACAAAACACAAAAAAAAAAAAACCAAAUGGAUUAAAA